AGACGAUAGUGUAUCUGAAAGGACUAUUACACAGUAAAUGCACCUACGCUAGGACUUGAGACAAAUAAGCCACGGUUUGGACGAUCGCGUGCGGCACCCGAACGGGAAACGAGCCAUACGCGAGGCCGAAAGUCCACAGUCCACACCUCUUCAUGUGGGCCCGUAAUGGGCCCAUUUGGAUAGAUCCAUUUAUCGUCUUCCUUCGUUCCUCCUCCUCGAACUCCUCAGAAAGCGGCAUCGGAAGGUUCGAUUCGAUCACCGGGCGGAAGAUCGGGAAAGGAAAUGGGGUUGGUGUCAAGCAAGAAAAGCAGAGAAGAGCUGGAGGCGACCUUGAGCAAGGCCAAGGAGAUUGCUUCCUCCACUCCCGUCGUUGUCUUCAGCAAGACUCACUGUGGUUAUUGCAAGACAGUCAAGCAGCUGUUCAAACAGCUUGGAGCAAGUUAUAAGGUUGUCGAACUCGACAGACAAAGUGAUGGAUCUGACAUCCAAUCGGCUUUAGCUGAGUGGACGGGGCAGAGAACUGUUCCGAAUGUGUUUAUCGGAGGAAAACAUAUCGGCGGCUGUGAUACGGUUACGGAGAUGCAUCAAGCGGGGAAAUUGUUGCCCCUUCUAAAGGAUGCCGGUGCAGUUGUGAGCAGCUCAACAUAGCAUUUUUAAAGUAGACUUGAGAUACACAGAAUGAAGAAAGAGACUCUUGAAUGUGUGUUUGCCUCCAGUUGUUCAUAAAUCUGCAGGGGAUAUCCGUUUUAGUGUUUGUAUUACUGAAGUUGAGAUGCUUACAGAGAAUAUCUACAGGUCUGUCUUGAGUACGUUGCGUUCCAACACGAGAUAGUUUUGAAACCUUGAAAGUCAAGUUCAUUUGUCGAUUCGAGCAUAAAAUAUAGAAUAUAAGAUCAGUCCGGUAGAAAA